AUGUCCAUCGAGAACCUUAAGACCUUCGACCCGUUCGCGGAAGCGGAUGAAGAUACCGGCCAGGUCAAGCAGACUCAGCAGGACUACAUUCAUAUUCGUAUCCAACAGCGCAAUGGCCGCAAGACCCUGACGACCGUCCAAGGUCUUCCUAAGAAGUUUGACCAGAAGAAGAUCCUCAAAGUGAUCAAAAAGAAGUUUGCCUGUAAUGGCACCAUCGUAAGCGACGCCGAGAUGGGCGAAGUCGUCCAGCUCCAAGGUGAUCAGCGCAAAGACGUCCAGGACUUCUUGACCGACAAGAAGGAGGGACUCGGUCUCGAUGCUAAGACGAUCAAGGUCCACGGUUUCUAG